CAAUACAUACACACUUGGUUUUCGGCGAGCGACGGUGUAAUCAGUGACGGAAAAGGAAACAAAGAUAAGAUGUGAGGUGAUGUUGAGGUAUAAAAACGCGCAUGAGAAUUUCCAUUAUAGAACGUUCCUUGCUUUUGUUCUUGCCUUUUUGAAUCGACCUGGGUAAAUAGAGAAUGGCUGAAGUCGUGUCGCCCGCAGGAAUCCUCCCUCACAUACCUGACGACCUCACACUUGCGCAGUUCAUAUUGGAUGCAGAACAUGUCAGGAAGCCCGUUCGUAAGAAUGAUGCCUGGAUUAUUGAUGACCAGAGUGGGAGAAAGAUCGGACUUGAGGAGCUCAGAACUCGGACGUAUGGUCUGGCUAAUGCGUUGAGUAUCCGCUACAACAUCCAGGAGGACGAUGUUGUGUUGAUCUACAGUCCAAAUCAUACUGAUUACCUCGUGGCUGCUUGGGCGGCUCACAGACUUGGUGCUGCCGUAUCCGGUGCCAACCCGCUAUUCACAGUCGACGAACUUGUAUAUCAAAUCAAUACAGUAAAAGCAGCCGUCAUUAUCACGCACCCGGACUCGCUCAAAGUAGCCCUGUCGUCUGCACAUGCCGCUGGUGUAUCCACGGAUCGCAUCAUUCUUUUUGACGUCGAGGGUGCGGAUACCGCGCAGAAAUUGACUGUGCAAGCUUUGGUUUCGCAAGGUCUUGCGAGUGUUCAAAACUUCACGGAACGGAAACUUGCUCCUGGUGAAGGGAAAACUAAGGUGGCCUUUCUGAAUUUUUCCAGCGGGACCACUGGUCGCCCGAAGGCCGUUGCAAUUCCCCACUACUCACCGAUUGCAAAUAUCAUUCAGCUUGCCACGCACCACAAAGUCGGCGAGGAAUAUGCUGGUCAAAGAUUUGAACCUGGUGACAUAUGCUGUGGCGUGCUUCCUUUAUAUCAUAUCUAUGGAUUGGUGUUCAAUGUCCAUUAUAUCUUUUUCUGCGGAAUGACGCUUGUCUUAACAGCGAAAUAUAACUUUCUGGACUUUUUAAAGAAUAUAAUCAGGCACCGCAUUACUCAUCUUGUGUUGGUCCCCCCGCAAAUUGUACUACUAUGCAAGCACCCAGCUGUCAAGAGUUACGAUUUUAGUCAUGUUCGAUACAUCAACUCGGGCGCUGCACCCCUGUCUCGUGAGGUAAUGGAGCAACUUGCUCAGAUAUUCCCGAAUGCCGCACUUGGGCAGAGCUAUGGCCUUACCGAAUCAGGGCCUGUUAUAAGCAGUUGGGCACUAGAUAAGAAAUCUGACUUGAGUGGUGGCACCGGCCAACUCCUUCCCGGUAUUAUCGGUCGCGUGGAGAAACCCGAUGGCACUCUUGCCGACUUUGACGAACCUGGAGAACUUGUCGUAAAGACGCAGGCGCUUGCGCUUGGUUAUGCAAACAACCUAGAAGCAACGAAGGAAACCUUUGUAAACGGAUGGCUCCGUACCGGUGAUGAGGUGAUGAUGAACCGCAAGGGCGAAAUCGUAGUCCUUGACCGGUUAAAGGAAAUGUUGAAGGUCCGUGGAUUCCAGGUCGCACCUGCCGAACUCGAAGGGUGCAUUCUAGACCACCCCGACGUGACUGAUACGUGCGUGGUUGGAAUACAAGAUGAAUAUAGUGGUGAAUUACCACUGGCAUUCGUUGUUCUCCGCCCUGAGGCCGUCAAACGUGUCGAAGAAAGUCCUCCAGCUGCGGAGGAGAUCAAGGCGUCUAUUAUGAAGCACGUUGCUGAUAACAAAGUUGGCUACAAGAAGCUCGCUGGAGGUGUCGAGAUCAUUGAUGUUAUCCCGAAGAACCCUAGCGGUAAACUUUUGAGGAGGGUGCUAAGAGACAAGGCCAGGGAGAUGCGGAUGAAACCCAAAGCGAAGCUGUGAUAUGGUGGUCCUGGUUGUCCUCCUACAGUCGCGCACUCUUCAGUACACCAUAUGUAUGAUACUGAAU